AUGGGCUACUCGAAGCGCACUCCGAAUGGAAAACGAAUCCAGAAGGCGGCUCGCUCCUCGCACCGGUGGGUUGGUAGACUAAAGGGUGGGUGGAAACUUUUGGAAUAUUCGAAAAGAGCUGUGUGUCCCGCUGCCUUAACAACUGUCGGCUCGGCCGCGGUAGCAAAGGGAAUGCCUUAUGAACUCGUCGCAUUCCGCGCUCCUACAAGACUUAUAUUCACGGAAGCACAUCACCUUCCUAUACCGGAACUAAAACACGGGAAUCAAUUUGCCCCCUUCGCCUCUUCUCUUUACCACUCUGGCCAUGGAACUUCGAAACAACUACACGAAAAUGCACCCCUACCGUACCUUCCCUGGGGAACGGCCGUCUCUCUCGCGCCCCUCGACCGAGCCGUAGCUGCGUCCCUUACGAAACGUCAUUGCGUGGCGCAUUGUGUGGCCGCACUUCGGGAGUUUGAGUAG